CUUUUGUUUGUAGUAAUCUGACACGCCAAUCUGUCUGGACUCUGGAAUGGAUAAAUCCCAAACCUACUCCUGUCUCUCGCCUGUUUCUGGCAUCCUCUACUCCUCUCACAAUGCAAUAAUCUGUCUUCCCCUCUUGCCGAGAUUUCUUCAUGGCUUUGGUGGUACGGGUACCGGCCCAAAGAACUUCUUGCAUUUUCUUCACCGGCCCUUCUUGCUCUUCUUCCUGCCACUAUGUCCAAUGCAAAACCGCCCUCUUCGCCUCUAGAAACACUACAUCUAUGAAUUCUGCAUUCCUCAGGCGUGGCACUCUACUUUCUCUCUCUAAAAGUGUUUCUUCACGAAACCCAAAUGAGCUUUCUUCUUCUAAUCGAAGCCCUCUUGUUGUUCGAAUGUCUUGGGAUGGACCACUUUCUUCCGUUCGUCUGAUCAUUCAGGGAAAGAAUCUGGAGUUAACUGAUGCAGUGAAGUCCCAUAUUGAAGAGAAGGUGGGUAAGGCUGUUCAGAAACACGGUCAUCUCGUUAGGGAGGUUGAUGUUCGAUUAUCUGUUAGAGGUGGGGAAUUUGGGAAGGGCGCUAAGCUUCGGCGAUGUGAGGUUACAUUGUUUACAAAGAAACAUGGAGUAAUUAGAGCGGAGGAAGAUGCGGAAUCUCUUUAUGGGUCCAUUGAUAUGGUUGCAUCGAUUAUUCAGAGAAAACUGAGGAAAAUUAAGGAGAAGGUGUCUGAUCAUGGCAGGCACAUGAAAGGUUUCAAUAGGCUUAAGGUCAGGGAUCCUGGUGCUUUCUUAGCUCAGGAAUUAGAGCCAGAAUCUGAAGAAGAUGCUCCGGAUUUAUUGGAUGAGGUUGUCCGUACAAAAUAUUUUGAGAUGCCGCCAUUGACUGUAGAAGAAGCUGUGCAGCAGUUGGAGAAUGUCGAUCAUGAUUUUUAUGGUUUCCGCAAUGAUGAAACCGGUGAAAUAAAUAUUGUCUACAAAAGAAAAGCUGGAGGAUAUGGAGUAAUUAUUCCCAAGAACAAUAACCAACAAAUGAACCUCGAAACCGAAAUUGGCAGCUCAGGGAGUGGACCUAUGGUAUCUGAAUAGUAGUGUCUUGGGGAUUUGGAGAACAGAGGGUUCAGUUUUCCUCUGGGUGUAUUUGUUGUACAUCUAGAGCAUAAUAAUUGCCAGUUAUAAUUCAUUUCUUUUGGUUUCAUGUUCUUAAAGGUCUUCUCGAUCAAGAACUGUUUGACAAAUAUACCUAAACAAGAUUAAGCUAAUGAAGAAUUUCAGGUGAGGUUCCUUGUA